AAGCAGACCUCAGGUGAGGUGGGCACAUCCCAAAACCACAAAACAGGAGGCUGCAGGGACACCUGCAGGAGGGAGAGCAUUGCGGUUUGCAGUUGAGAGGGAAAUGAUGAGUGUUUUUACAUAAAGCUGGAAUAUUUUCAUGGUAAAGAGAGAGGUUUGGAAACAUACGUCUGGAUUUAACUGGUUUUGGUACUUGUUGGAGAAAGGGUUCGGAUAGUUUGUACCAGGCACACUCAGUGGGAAACAAAUAGGAGUCAAAUCACUCUGAAUUCUUAAUCAUGAUGUCUCCAGACGACCAAGCCCUCGAGGACCUGUUGUAUGGCAGCAACCUUGGUGACAAGGCGGAGGUGGUGGAGCUGGCCAGUGGCCCAACAGUGGUGGAGGAGAAUGCUGCUUCAGAAAACGUUGCAACAACUUUGUCCAUUCAAGAGCCAAUCAUAUGUGCUGGAUGUGGUCACCAGGUGUGCGAUCGGUUCUUCCUAUUGGCUGCAGGGAGGGUGUGGCAUAGCAUCUGCCUCCGCUGCAGCCAGUGCCACUGUGAGCUACAGACUCAUUCUUCCCUCUAUUGGAGAGAUGGAAAUAUCUACUGCCAUCAGGACUACAGCAGGAUGUUUGGUGGCGGCCAAUGUGCUCGCUGCCUCCAGCCAAUCCCACCCACUGAUUUGGUCAUGAGGUCUGGUGAGCUGACCUUUCAUCCCCACUGCUUCUCCUGUCAGGAAUGUGAUGUAAAAUUAAUGCCAGGGAACCUCUACUGCAUGCAGGGCCCAAACCUGUAUUGUCAGUCACAUUAUGAUGGCGAUGGGGGCAAGUUGCCACUGCAAGACCCCUCACAAUCCCAUCUGAAAGAAGAGACGGCUCAAAACCAGGUGUCAGGUGAAGGGGAGGAGUCUGUCAGCAGUCCAGAGCCACGAGGGGACGACAGAGAUGCAGAUGGGAGGACGCGGAGACGGACCAAGCGAAUCAGGACGUGUUUUCGUAGCGAGCAGCUAAGAGCACUUGAGUCAUAUUUUGCCCAGAAACACAACCCUGACGGAAAAGACUGGACUUGCCUCGCUCAUAAGACUGGUCUGCCUAAGAGAGUGCUGCAGGUGUGGUUUCAGAACGCCCGGGCCAAAUUGAGGCGUUCCCUCAACUCUGAAGACUCCCAGACCGACUCCAACUCUGUUCCCCCUGGAACAGUUACCCUGGCAACCAGCACCUCAUCACUAGCCUGCUCUCAGCUGGGCCAAUCGCAACCUUUUCCCACCAGCACCAUCGACCAGCUGCAGCUCUCCUUGCUUACUGGUCCAGUCGGUGAACCAUCUGUAAGCCCAAUCCUCAAUCAGUCAUGCCAGAUGUUGCAAAGCCCCAACUUUUUUCUGGACUACGAUCCCCAGAGUGCCUUUGGUUGUAUCCCCUCUCUUGAGCCCCAUCAGGAGUUUGGAGAGGCUGAGGGAAAAAUAGAGAGAGAAGCUGAUGAUGAAAAUUUCAGACCAAAUUACAACUGAAGAUUUUAAUCAUAGAUAGAGAUAGAGAGGGAUCGAUAUUUAUUUGGAAAAACUACUUCAGCCAUAACUUCAUACAUUCAAGAAAUGGUUCAGCAUAAAAUGGUUUUGAGAACUGUGAUUGUUUUAUGUAUCAUAGAGAUGUUAAUAUUGUUCAGUUGACUGAGUGAAUAAACUGCUGUUUCAUUACAUUUUCUUUAA